AAACUAGUGGGUCUCUGAGUGGCCAGUUUCACUGCAUGCCUGUAUCGCAUGUCAGUUUGUAGCUGUGGAUUCACUGCAGUUUUAUAAAGAGGGGCAAGCAUCCGAUAGCUUCACGUACCAUGAAUAUUAACACAUUCACACAUACCAUGUUAUUGCUAAAUACUUUCCUUUAUGAUUCCUCUGCAGUAAAAUCAGGAUAUUAUCUCAACAUCAAAUGUUAUUGUGUAUAGGUAGGUUUUGCUUUAUAUUAAUUUCAUUGCAGGAUAGUAACAAAAUAUGUAUUACAAGGAUGAUGGAAUCAGCUCCAGCUGACCGUCUGUGCUUUGAAAUGAAAUCUGAACUCCUUAAUCAGCCCUCAGGCUUGCCAUAACCAGCCUGGCUGUUGUAGAGGCUCUGUCCCCUCCUCCCACCAAUGCCAGCCAAAGGGAUCUAUUUGUAUGUCCCAGAAUGUGUCAGCACUCUCUUGUCCCUUGUCUUGGGACAGGCUGUUCUCUCCCUGAAAUGCCCUCAUCCUCUCGCUUCACUGUCUCAACAAAUUCAGUGCUCCCUAGCCUCCAUUCUCAAGUCCUUCCUUCACAACCUCUGCCAUAGCUGUGCUGCACCAGCGGCCUCGCUUGAUUUUCUUUAAAUAACUCAUUUUCCAUAAAUAAAUUGAUUUGUCAAAGAAAAGUUGAUAUCAUAAUCAUAAAUAGGAAACCAGUAUGAGUAGCCCUGAAAAUAAAGUUGCUAUAAAAAUAAAUAAAAGAAAUAUACAAGUUAAUAACUUUUGAUAAAAUUGUCAGCAGACCCUCUAGGCUAACUGAGGGGAAGGGAUGGGAAGGCAGAUUAAGAAGUGUUAGCAACCUGUUAACACCCUUGACAUAUUCAGAGGCUUGAAAGAAAAUGGAAAGAAUAAUUUUCUCUUUCGGUGUAAUUUAAUGCUGUCCCUGUUCUCCCUAAAAUUACCUGCAUUUUACUGCAACCCAUUUAUCACUCGACGGCGCUAGAUGCUGCCAGUAAACCAAUGGACCAGACAAGCACAGCCUUUGCCCCUACAGACUCUCAGUCGGCUGGAGGAAAAACAUAAGCAACCUGGGAAUGGCUAUAAAAUGUCAUUGCUUAAGAAAAUAGUUUGUGGCCGGGCGUGGUGGCUCACGCUUGUAAUCGCAACACUUUGGGAGGCCGAUGCGGGUGGAUCACCUGAGGUCAAGAGUUCAAGACCAGCCUGGUCAAAAGACGAGUUCGAGACUAGACUGGCCACCUCUUUAGUAGAGAUGGUGAAGCCCCGUUUCUACUAAAAAUACAAAAAAUUAGCCAGACGUGGUGGCAUGCGCCUGUAGUCCCAGCUACUCCGGAGGCUGAGGCACCAGAAUCGCUUGAACCUGCCUGGGAGGGGGAGGUUGCAGUGAGCCAAGAUCACGCCACUGCACUUCCGCCUGGGCGACAGAGCGACACUCCGUCUCAAAAAGAAAAUACAGUUUGUGUUUUGGAGCCUCUCACUUCUCCGGCGUCCCCGAUACGCCCGGGGAUUGCAGAGAACCCAACCUAUUCGUAGAUUAUGAGAGCACUCCCGGGGACCCAGCGCGGCGAAGCCCGCCAGGAUCGCGGGCGACCUGUGGCAGCUCUGGUUCCCCGGCCCGGGCCCGGCUCGGGUUACGCUCUGGGCGGGGAUUCCGCAGCGGCUCCCUAGUUAGGGGACGCCCCGGUGGGUUCCAGCGUUAGGGGUCGCAGAAGCGGCUCUUGCAUCACCUCGGAGCUGACGAAGCGGGAAGAGCCCCGCACCAGUGCUGCCCCUACAGAGCUCUCGGCGGGGGGUGGAGGUGAGGUUACACCUCGCCCCUACCCCCGCCUUCCCCUCCGCCGCAGGGAUCUAGGACCCGCGCCCGCGGAGAGGACGGGGGGCUGCGGGGAGGGGCUGUGCGGGGAGCGGGCGGGUUCCGGAGGCCCUGAGGUAGGGCGGGGCCCGAGCCGGAGUCGAGUCCCUGAGGCGGGUGGGGGAAGGAGAGACGGGUGGCGCGACCCUCUGUCCCCGCCUCGGGGGCGGAGCCCAGGUCCCAGCCUGCAGGGGGCGAGACACGCCGAAGUCCGCCCGAGGCUACCUGUGCAGCUCCAGCCGCCCUGCAUCCGAAUUUGGGGAGACCCGCCCCCCGCCCCACCGGUCUGCGGCCCUCGGCCCCAGCGCAGGUGCAGGUGCGGCUUCUCUGUCCCUUUCACCCCAGACACAUCCGCCGCGGCGGCCAUGGCGCGAGGAGACGCCCCGCGGGACAGCUACCACCUGGUCGGGAUCAGCUUCUUCAUCCUGGGGCUGGGCACCCUUCUUCCCUGGAACUUCUUCAUCACCGCCAUCCCGUACUUCCAGGCGCGACUGGCCGGGGCCAGCAACAGCACAGCCAGGAUCCUGAGCACCAACCACACAGGCCCCGAGGAUGCCUUCAACUUCAACAAUUGGGUGACGCUGCUGUCCCAGCUGCCCCUGCUGCUCUUCACCCUUCUCAACUCCUUCCUGUACCAGUGUGUCCCGGAGACGGUGCGCAUUCUGGGCAGCCUGCUGGCCAUACUGCUGCUCUUUGCCCUGACGGCAGCGUUGGUCAAGGUGGACAUGAGCCCUGGACCCUUCUUCUCCAUCACCAUGGCCUCCGUCUGCUUCAUCAACUGUGGCGUGGACGCCGAGACCUCCGCCCUGGGGUACUUUAUCACGCCCUGUGUGGGCAUCCUCAUGUCCAUCGUGUGUUACCUGAGCCUGCCUCACCUGAAGUUUGCCCGCUACUACCUGGCUAAUAAACCAUCCCAGGGCCAAGCUCAGGAGCUGGAGACCAAAGCUGAGCUCCUCCAGUCUGAUGAGAACGGGAUUCCCAGUAGUCCCCAGAAGGUAGCUCUGACCCUGGAUCUUGACCUGGAGAAGGAGCCGGAAUCAGAGCCAGAUGAGCCCCAGAAGCCAGGAAAACCUUCAGUCUUCACUGUCUUCCAGAAGAUCUGGCUGACAGCGCUGUGCCUUGUGUUGGUCUUCACAGUCACCCUGUCCGUCUUCCCCGCCAUCACAGCCAUGGUGACCAGCUCCACCAGUCCUGGGAAGUGGAGUCAGUUCUUCAACCCCAUCUGCUGCUUCCUCCUCUUCAACAUCAUGGACUGGCUGGGACGGAGCCUGACCUCUUACUUCCUGUGGCCAGACGAGGACAGCCAGCUACUGCCCCUGCUGGUCUGCCUGCGGUUCCUGUUCGUGCCCCUCUUCAUGCUGUGCCACGUGCCCCAGAGGUCCCGGCUGCCCAUCCUCUUCCCACAGGAUGCCUACUUCAUCACCUUCAUGCUGCUCUUUGCCGUUUCUAAUGGCUACCUGGUGUCCCUCACCAUGUGCCUGGCACCCAGGCAGGUGCUGCCACACGAGAGGGAGGUGGCCGGCGCCCUCAUGACCUUCUUCCUGGCCCUGGGACUUUCCUGUGGAGCCUCCCUCUCCUUCCUCUUCAAGGCGCUGCUCUGAAGCAGCCCCUCCAGGCUCUUUGGCAGCCUCUUCUCGACGUCUCCUUCCGGAGCUGAGAUCUAGUCCAGGGCGAAUGGCGAGCUUGGCUCAGGCCUCUGCUGGGUGGAGGCCCCUGGACCUGGGGCUGCCAGCAGGGGGCAGGAGCUGCUCUUCAUCCACUUGGAGUGCUGCGGGGAAGAAUUCACCACCGGUCAUUCUAACCCUCACCCAGGAAUGGGGGUGAGCCGCACAAGACCUCGUGGAAAGGGUGAUGACUAGGGAAAAGAGGGUGCAGGGCAUGACUGCUCCCCACCGCCAGGUCUGCAUUUGUUCAUCACCACCAGGAGGAGUGGCGACCAGAGGGUUCAGAAUGGGAGGUGGGGCCAGCCCAGGGCAGGAGCUCCUCGCCCUCACAGGCCUCAGCGACCCAGGGUAAAAGGUGCCAGGGAAGUUGCGGGCACCUGGGAGGAGGAACAGGUGUGGAGGACCUGAGGGUGCUCAAAGGGCCAGGCUCAGCCUCAAGCAGUGUUUUCAUUGCCAACACUUACUGUCCCCACUCCGCAGAGCCCAGCUGGGCCUGGGCCCCAGAGCCGCAGCUAGCCUGCAUGUGUGCACUGCACUUUACAGUUUGCAAAGCUCUUCCAUACUCAUUCUCUCACCGAAGCCUAAUUGAGGCCCUUGGAAGGAGCCGGGCAAGGAUUGUGCUUCCGCCAUUAUACAGGUGAGGAAACUGAGUCCUGGGGAAAGUGACUGGUCCGUGGUAGAGCCAGGACCCAACCCCCUCUCCCUCCUCCCUGUAGGUGCUGUUCUUCCUGCCCAACACCUGUUUCUCUUUUCCUCAAGGGGUUCGGGGCAAGAGCCCUGGGCACUUACUCCCCCUUUUUGCUGUUUCUCCUUCUGACCCUGCUCUUGGGUCUAAUAACAACCCCAUUUAUUUGUA